UUAAUUCUUUACGCUUAUUAAAAACUGUGCUAAAUAAUGGAAAAAGCUUUCGAAAUUCAAAGGCAAGUGCGCGAUAACGUUAAAACCUUCCAAACAUACUUGACAGACCUGGAUAACUGGGAAGCGGAGAUGAAAAGAAAAGAGGCCGCUCUCAACGGUGCUUUUGAGCAGGAUCUCCCGCCAGUUAGAAGUAAGUUGAAAAGAGAAAAGCCCGUUGUUGUGAAAAAGAGUCCAGAGAAGAGGAUCUCAUCGUUUGACUACAAGGCCUGGGACCAGUUUGAUGCUGACAAAGCAUGUGAAGACAUCGACAUGGCAGAAGUAGGACCUGUAUCUUUGGACGGCAAGAAGAGCCAGCAAGUUAAACAAGACAAACUGAGGGAAGAGGCUCAGUAUGAGAAGGAGAGAGGCAACACUUAUGUAAAGAAAGAGAAGUGGGAUGAAGCCAUACAGUGCUACACUCGAGCUAUAGAACUGGUCAAGGACGAUGCCAUUUACUUUGCCAAUAGAGGCCUGUGCUAUCUCAAGAAAGACAGCCUUCACCAAGCCGAGAAGGACUGCACCGAAGCGCUUCGCCUAGACCCGACCUACGUCAAAGCGUUCCAACGUCGCGCGACGGCUCGUGAACGCCUCGGCUCGCUUCGUGCAGCCUCGCGCGACCUUAUGGAGGUGAUCAAGCUGGAACCACACAACCAUGCGGCUAAACAACAGCUGGAGACUAUCAAAACUAGGAUGGGGACUAAAGGGUCCAAAUCAAAGUCAUCGCCGUCUUCCACACCCAUUACGGAAUCCAAACCAAUCAUCACCCCAGCGAAAGCCAUUCCAAAGAUCAUCGAAUUACCCGAUGAGCCAACUAUGCCAGCUCAGAAAAAAUUACCAGCGAAGCCAACUCAGAACGUGCCAGUUAUGCCAGCACAGAAUGUGCCAGUCAUGCCAGUACAGAAUAGUGCGCCAGCCAUGCCAGCACAGAAAAGUCCACUAGUCAUGCCAGUGAAGCCAGUUCAGAGUAGUGAGGACAAAUGGAAGGAUGGCGUUGAUGAAGGGAUAACGGUGAUCAAACCGGUGAAGAAGCCACCCCAUUUGCGUUCUAAGAGAGCGCUUAAACCUGUGUCAAUUCAAGAGAUCCUACUCGGCAAAUCAUCCCCUGAAAAACCACCUACCCGCCUAAAAAUCGUCGAGCUCGAAGACGAGUUGGCACACGGUGAUUCGAACAACAAUGAAGCCAAAAUAGAAAAGGACAAAGAAUCUCGGACCACCGGAGAGAAAGGGAAAGGAGAUAUGAAGGAGAAAAUUUUAACUCCAGAGUCAGUGAAACUGAUUGAGGAUGCAACGGUGACCGAGAAACUGCUUCAGAAUCUGGUUCCACCUACAAAUAGUGUUCAAUUUAUGGCUGAAUGGAAGUAUUUGAAGGGCAAAGGUGACGCUAGAACCCAGUAUUUGAGUAUUAUAGACCCACACAGAAUCCCAUCCAUCUUCGAGAAUGCUCUGGAAAGCGACGUGCUGUCUGAUGUCCUAACUACCCUUCACUCCGAUAUGGCCAAGUUCGGCGCCAAGACUGUCGCCGCCUACCUACAGUCCAUGACCAAGGUCAAGCGCUUCUCGGCCUUGGCUAUGUUCUUAUCGGAUGGAGACAAAAAAGUAUUGAACGAUCUCCUACACCACUGCAAAACGGUUGAGAAGUUGAGCGAUGACGCGAUCGCCGAUCUGAAGAACAAAUACGAAAUCUGAACGCUUAGGGUACUAGUUAGUUUUUCAAAUUAUGACAUCGUUAGAUAUUAAAAAGACAUGCCUUGAAUUCUGAGCUAUUUGUGAAGAGAUUUUUUUACAGAAUUUAAUUGGAAUAAAAAUAACAGCCAAGUAUUUAUUUUAAGCUUGAGUAUACUAUUCAUUAUAAAUGGCAGAGAGAGUAUGACAUCACUUAUCGCAAGCAAAUUUGAGCGUUAAUACUUUUUUAUUUUUAAAGCCAGUCAGAUUGUUAUACUAAUGUAUUUGAAAUGAAGUCGGUAUUAUGAAAAACUAGCUGACCCGGCGAACUUUGUUCCGCCUUAAUGGCAAUAAAUAAUUAUUUCGAACGGGAUGAAAAGUAUCCUAUGUCCUUCUCCUGGCUCUAAACUACCUCCCUGACAAUUUUCAGCUAAAUCGGUUCAGCCGUUCUUGAGUUAUAAGUGGAGUAACUAACACGACUUUCUUUUAUAUAUAUAGAUUGUUUAGACUACUUUUUUCUUUCAUUCAUAUUGGUUUCCUUUGAUGAUGUGUUCAUAUCGGUUUUGCGGCCUAUUCUAAAAUUAUUUUCUCUCCACGAAUAGUUUUAUCAAAUAAAAAUAAAUAGUAACUUGAUUAUAAAAAUAGCAGCUCUAUUAAUCGUGGCUAAGGUAUCAAUGACUGCACUUCUACAUUUCAUGGCAUGUCUUUUUAAAAUGGUUGGGUUACACUUAUUUGUGAUGAUUGCGAAAAAUAUAAUAUUAAUUUACCGUUAUUAAGGUUUUUGGUAAUUAAAAAAGUACAGUUAAACCUUGUAGUCUCAAAUAAAAAUAGAACAAUUAGUUAUAGUUGAUAUUAUUAUAUUUUUCUAUGUGAAUAAGUGUAUACCACCCUAACCAUUUUCCGUGGUCUAUCUACUAAAGCCCGGUCCGUGAGCACGUAGAAUUUUGUCCAAUGACCCCUAGAUACCCAUCCUUAUCGCUCGCGCGUAAUUAUAUUGCUGUCGCGACUGUGCGACGCGCGCCCGCAGUGAGUGUGCGAGCGCGACAGCAACAUAAUUACGCGCGAGCGAUAAGGAUGGGUAGCUAGGGGUCAUUGGACAAAAUUCUACGUGCUCACGGAUUUACACACCUAUAGUCUGGCUAUAGGUGUGUAAAUAUUUUUUGUAUUUCUGUAGAAUUUAGCCUAGGCGCAGACCACCGAUUUUUUGUCGGCCGAUAGUUUAGUCGGGCAGUUAAUCAGUAUGGGCAUGUAUGGAAGUGCGCACAUUACACAGAUUGAUUCUUCAUACAAAUUAGAUCGGGCCCAACUAUCGGCCGACUAAAAAUCGGUGGUCUGCGCAUAGGUUUAGAGUAAUAAUAUUUCAGAUUACACUUUACGUUAGGUUUAUUGAACGAGAAAAGUAGGUGCUGUAACGAUUUAUUUUUAUACCGUAUCACUUUGUUAAUGUUGGGCUAAGAUAUCAAAAUAAUUUAGUAGAUUUUUAACGAUGCUAUGAACACUUUUUUUGCUAUCAUGACCCAAGGAUGAAAACUGUUUCUGUAUUGUUUAAAAUAAUGUUAUCGUAUCAUAAUUUUACUUUGAAAGUUUCCAUCCUUAGCUGCUAUAUUAAAUUCUGAGCGAUUUAUCUUCUAUUUUUUUUAUUAAUUUCGGGACAAACUUCACCUUCACUAGUUUUUAUUGGCGGUCAAGCUGUAGAUCCUGGCUACUCAGGAGUUGCAGCGGUAGGAACGAGAGGUGGGAAUAUUCCCGUUUAUUGUCUUGGUUUAGUAGAUAAAUCACAGGAAAGUGGGAAGUCAAUUGUCAUUUGUAGUUUUCUUUAUAAUUGGUGCAAGGAAGUGUUUUCAGUUCUGUGAUUAUUUUGUUUAAUUGAUUAAGUUCUAAUAAAUAUUGUAAUUAAA